AGAAAACCAAUGAGCGAAAUCCCUACAGAAGUGCCUGUAAAAACUCGAAAAAGAACGUAUGACUUGAAGUUCAAACUGCAUGCCAUAAAUUAUGCCCUUGAACAUAAGAAUAUAUCGAAAGCAGCAAAGGAUUUGAAUGUGAAUAGGCAAAACAUUCAACAGUGGAUCGCCCAGAAAGCUGAAAUCGAGAAGCAGUUAGAAGACAACGGCUCAACUGCAACAAAGCGACUUUCGGGAGGUGGAAGACCUUUAAAGUAUGACGACGUUGAUAAGGAAUUGAUUAAAUGGGUUCACGAUCAGCGUAAGGAGAAACAACGAGUCACCAGAAGAAUCAUCGGUGAAACGGCAAAGAAAAUCAGUCAGAACUCGGAUUUCAAGGCAUCCCGCGGAUGGUUGGACAAAUUCAUGUGCCGACACAAUUUGAGUACUCGACGAGCAAGAACGGAACCCGGUGAUUUAAUGCAGACACUGGUUGAUAUUCUUCUCAGACAAACUAGUUCGGAUGAUGGAGAGGAGGAUCCGAUGAUCAGCUUCAUCAAAAGUUGUAUCCCAUCUGGAGAAGAUCCUCUGGAGGGGGAGGAUCAAGCAGCAAGUAGUUCGGUGCAAGUUCCUAAAGUUCUGGCGGAGGAAAACGGCCACGAAUCAGAUUCUGAUCAGUCGAUUGUGGAUGUAAAUGACUAACUCGUUUGUAAAUAUUUUGAAAAUUGCUAUCUCUCUCUCUCUGAAUAAAACCUAAAUUGAUAGUACCCUGUAAAAUAACCGAUCGAUCUCUAUCAACAAUCCAUUGAAUCGUCUGAUAGGUAGUCUGAAGGCACAGCUUGACGAGAUGAAGCCAUCCGGUUCUCGAGAGUUUCGUAUUCCAACCGUUUUGCAGUGUAACGUAUUGCUCGUAGGAGUCUGGGAAAAUGCAUAUUAUAUGGAAAAUAAUGGAAAAUAAAACAGCUGAAAAUACGGCGAAUAAUUUUUUUUUUAAAUAUGAAAUGCUCUCCCUCACCAAUUGCACAAAGCGAUAGAAGAUUAUCAAAAGCUUUUCCAACAUUCGACACAAAAUCGACGUCCAAUUUUAUAACAUGCGGCUUCUCGUUAUUCGGAUGGCAACGGGUGAUACUUUCUUGCAUUCUGGAAGAAAAUAACAUUUUACAAAUUUAAAAUAUAAUGUACUAACUUCGCCAAAAUCGCCGGCAUCGCGAUAUUGUUCUCGUGAUCCGCCGAAACGAAUAACGCCGAGUGUCCGUUCGCCCGAGACCACACCCAAAUCGGAAAUCGUCCUUGUUUGUAGUGUUGUAGUUGUCGUUCAAUGUCCACACGAUCCAAGAAGUUGCUCACUACUACGUACACAGGGUAGCUGGAAAUUUGAAAAAUACAUACACUAUACAUAUUUUUAAUCGGAAAUCCAGUUUUUUUUUCCAAAAAUCGCACCCCUGAGCCGCAUAGUUGAAGCCUUCUUUGUUAAGUGCUACAAUUUUCCAGACAGACGUUGAAUCCGUCUUCUGCUGGCACCUUUGGAGUUCCGAACGCCAUGCUUCGUAGCUAUUGAAUGCUGCUGGAAAAUGAUAAGUUUGUAUAUUGGACAUUCGGGAAUUUUGUAAAAACCAUAUUUACAAAAGAAAGUUUCAUAUUUUUUUCCAAUUAAAAUGUUUUUUUUUCAAAAUAUUAAAAUUUCAAAACUUAAAUAAAUUAUUUUUAUCCGAUUCUCCAAAAAAUGCGUUUUUAUUCAUUUAAUAAAAAGUUUUUUAAAAGA